UCGACUCAGUGGCGUGGUCAAUCGUAGGCGUGGGCAUUUGAAGUAAUUAAGCAUUAUAUGUUAACACGAGUUAUUUGGAAUUCUCGUAGAGUGAUCACUUGUUCCACAUAAAAUGGCCUCAGAAAUAAGUUUGCGUGUUUUAGUGUCAGUAUUAGCACUCCUCUGCUACAUUGAACAAGUUGAUUCUAUUAAGUGUUGGGUAUGCAGAUCAGAUUCGGAUCCAAAAUGCGCUGAUCCUUUUGAUAAUACCACUGUACCCAUUACCAAUUGCAAACAGGAACCAGACCUCGAACAUUUGCCAGGCAUAAGGCCUACAAUGUGUCGCAAAAUUCGCCAAAAAGUUAAUGGAAUAUGGAGGUAUUUUCGUAGUUGUGCCUACAUGGGUGAACCAGGUAUCGCUGGUGACGAACGGUUUUGUCUUAUGAGAACUGGAACUUAUAACAUAUUUAUGGAAUAUUGUACUUGUAAUAGCAAAGAUGGCUGUAAUACAGCAUCUAGCGAUCAGGGAAGUUUAAUAAUGUCUAUAACAGCUACAAUAAUAUCGUUCUGGUAUAUGUUUGUUUAUGCUUAACAAUCUUAACCAAAGGUUAUCUAUAUAUAUACGAUAAGCUAAGGAGUACAUAUCUGAACAUACAUUUUUAUGGUAUAGAGAUCUAUUUGUACUUACUAGUGAGUUUUCUGACAAUUUUAUGAUCCGAAUUUCAGGCAAUGAAAAGUUACAAAUUAGAUCUAUAUUACAGAAUCUUAUUUGAGAGCAAUUUUAUACUUUUGACUACUGUUUUUUAUGAAUGCGUAGAUGCGUCUCUUUGUCCCUUAUUAGAAAGUAUUAAGAGGUUAGGAGACUAUUUGUGAGACAUUUUUAAUGAUUGUACAAUACGACAUUUUACUUUUUCUAGAGGUAUUUUGCAUCUGCAUGUUGCGCGUCUUUAUAGAAAUAUAUUUUUAUUAAUAUAAAAUGGAACUUUGUAAUAUACUUAGUUAUCAAUUUAUACUUGGCUAGUACAAAAGAAUGUUAAAACGUCGAUACGCUUGAUCGACGUUAAGGUUAACACUUCGUAAAUAAGACUGUCAAUACCGUCCAUUAUAAAUGUCUUGAACUUAGUAUUAGUAUAAAACCAUGGCGUUCUUUAUAUUUUUAUAUGUACUUUGAGAAACCGUCGUUAGUCAUUAAACGACACAAAUAAAAAAUAUAGUAUGCACAAUUCCCGCGCGUGUACCGUUAUGUAUAUGGAAAAAAUAACGAAUAAAGAUAAAUAUUACCUUUAUA